AGUUGACUACAAUAGAAGUGUGUUGCUCUCAGAUUUUGUUGUGUGAAAUAAUGUUGGUGCAUUGAUUUUAGUUUCUUUUCUGGUAAAAUUGCACGAUAAUAUUUGAAAUCAGCCAUUCCUUAUAAUCUGGACAUAGCCAAUGCAUACAGUGUGUAUGGGUUUCGUUGUGCAAGCAUUUUUAAUGUACAAUACUAAUGCCUAACUUGAGUUAUUGAAACAUUUGAACUAUUAGCUGUUUUCCAAUGGCAAUGUGAUGUGUCUUUCAGCUACUAAACCGCUCACUUUUACAUGCAUGGCACUUGAUCAAUUUGUGGUUAAGGUGUGCAUCAUAACAUUGAUUGACUAUACUACAUUGCUCAAUAUGAGACUUGCUAUUACUUCUACUUUCAGAUUCUGUUCUGGGAAAUGCACAGUCUACAAACUAUUUGGUCUGUGUGUGGUGCUGGUACUGGUCUCCCUCCUAUGGCUCCAACUCAGCUGUACAGGAGACAUGAGCCGGGUUGUAGUGGAUGACGGACGCAUCCCCCAUCAGCCUUGUCCGCUGGAGAGACAGGCAUCCGCUGCGGACGACCCUUCCUGGGGUCCUCACAAGCUGGCCCUCCUGAUACCUUUCAGGGAGAGGUUUGAGGAGCUGCUGGUGUUUGUCCCCUUCAUGCACACCUUCUUGAACAACAAGAAAAUACUGCAUAAGAUCUUUGUAAUCAACCAGAUGGAUCACUAUCGGUUCAACAGAGCCUCUCUCAUUAACGUUGGUUACACGGAGAGUGGUAACGACACUGAUUACAUCGCCAUGCAUGAUGUGGACUUGUUACCUCUGAAUGAAGCUCUGGACUAUGGUUUCCCAGAGGAGGGCCCGUUCCACGUGGCCUCACCAGAGCUGCACCCCCUGUAUCACUACAAGGCAUAUGUGGGAGGAAUCCUGCUGCUCACCAAACAGCAUUAUCACAUGUGCAACGGCAUGUCCAACCGGUUCUGGGGAUGGGGGAGAGAAGACGAUGAGUUCUACAGGAGACUAAGAACUGCUGGAUUACAGCUCUUCAGGCCCAGUGGGAUAAAAACCGGGUAUAAAACCUUUCGCCACAUCCAUGACCCUGCCUGGAGGAAGAGAGACCAGAAGAGAGUGGCUGCACAGAAACAGGAACAAUUCAAGGUUGACCCUGAGGGCGGGUUGACUAACUUGCAGUACAAGCUGGAGUCGAGACAGGAGCUGACUAUUAGUGGAGCCCCUGUCACUGUCCUCAACACCAAACUGGAGUGUGACACAGACAAGACUCCCUGGUGUCUGUUGACCUAAGAUGGCCCCCAUGAUUGACCUAUGCUGCCUCUCAUCUGGGUUAUGUUCAUUAUCUACCAAACGGAAUAAAACAGACUAAAACAGGGAGGGACUACCUGAGCUUCUCCAAUGAGAAACACUUGUUUUUGUGUGCCCUAAUGAAUAUGACCCCGGUGCUACAGAGGGGUGCUGUUAACCCCUGCAUGCUGUGCUACUUCGGGACAGUUUCUGGUCCUGAGGACAUGGCUAAAACAAACAACCGCACCAGGAGACAUGGGUACCAUAUUCUGUCCGGUCCAGAGAAGAGCCUUUGACCUUUGAACCCAGCAACGCCUUCCCUCAUCGGAGAGAUGGAAUGUAUUUAUAAACUAGCUAAAUGAUGUUGUCCUUUAGAACAGCCGUCUGACUUGCUUUCAGAACUGUGAGUGACUGGAUCUCAAGCAGGCCUAACUUCAGCGUCUUUUAAACUACAGACACGUUGUCAAUAUUGACGACACACGAAAGGAAAGGUGUACUGAAAUCAUAAGCGAAGGCUUUUGUGUCUGUUUAUCCAGGUGACCGACCAGGACCAACCCUGCUUAGCUUCAGAGGCCAACCAGCAGUGGGAUGUUGGGUGGUCUGGCUCCUGGGUGUGGUACUAGUGGACCAUUGUCUGUCCUUCAGUUGAAGUCUGCUAUACUGUCUGGAUUAAUGUCUUAUCAUCAGAGUUAGUUUGCUAUGAAAGGGUUUUCUUUCUGACAUUGUAAUGCACCGGGAUUGGCAUGCCACCUCCAUGGUACAUAGCGCUGUAUUCUCAUCCGGUAUCCAUUGUGACCCAUCAUAUACUCAACUAGUAGUGAGUUGAGUAUCAGAGUGCCCUUUUGGGUUUGUUGUUGAUGGUAAAAUCAGCUUUUAAGGUUUACAGUUGUGCUUUAGAAAGUUUUCAGAGAACGACUAGAUAUUAUGAAAGUAUGUUUAGGUAAUGUCAAGCAUAUGUUACAACAGUUUGGCCAUAUACCAUACUGCUGUAAUGUCAAGCGUACAGUUGAAGUCGGAAGUUUACAUACACCUUAGCCAAAUACAUCCAAACUCAGUUUUUCACAAUUCCUGACAUUCAAUCCCAGUAAAAAAUGCCCUGUCUUAGGUCAGUUAGGAUCACCACUUUAUUUUAAGAAUGUGAAACGUCAGAAUAACAGUAGAGAGAAUGAUUUAUUUCAGCUUUUAUUUAUUUCAUCACAUUCCCAGUGGGUCAGAAGUUUACAUACACUCAAUUAGUAUUUGGCAGCAUUGCCUUUAAAUUGUUGGGUCAAAUGUUUUGGGUAGCCUUUCACAAGCUUUCCACAAUAAGUUGGGGGAAUUUUGGCCCAUUCGUCCUGACAGAGCUGGUGUAACUGAGUCGGGUAUGUAGGCCUCCUUGCUCGCACACGCUCUUUCAGUUCUGCCCACAAAUGUUCUAUGGGAUUGAGUUCAGGGCUUUGUGAUGGCCACUCCAAUACCUUGACUUUGUUGUCCUUAAGCUUUUUUGCCACAACUUUGGAAGAAUGCUUGGGGUUAUUGUCCAUUUACGACCAAGCUUUAACUUCCUGACUGAUGUCUUGAGAUGUUGCUUCAAUAUAUCCACAUAAUUUCCCUGCCUCAUGAUGCCAUCUAUUUUGUGAAGUGCACCAGUCUCUCCUGCAGCAAAGCACCCCCACAACAUGACGCUGCCACCCCCAUGCUUCACAGUUGGGAUGGUGUUUGGCUUGCAAGCCUCCCCCUUUUUCCUACAAACAUAACAGUUCUAAUUUUGUUUCAUCAGACCAGAGGACAUUUCUCCAAAAAGUACGAUCUUUGUCCCCAUGUGCAGUUGCAAACCGUAGUCUGGCUUUUAUAUGGAGGUUUUGGAUCAGUGGCUUCUUCAUUGCUGAGCGGCCUUUCAGGUUAUGUCGAUAUAGGACUCGUUUUUACUGUGGAUAUAGAUACUUUUGUACCUGUUUCCUCCAGCAUCUUCACAAGGUCCUUUGUUGUUGUUCUGGAAUUGAUUUGCACUUUUCGCACCAAAGUACGUUCAUCUCUAGGAGACAGAACGCGUCUCCUUCCUGAGUGGUAUGAUGUCUGUGUGGUCACAUGGUGUUUAUAGUUGCGUACUAUUGUUUGUACAGAUGAACGUGGUACCUUCAGGUGUUUUGAAAUUGCUCCCAAGGAAGAACGAGACUUGUGGAGGUCUACAAUGUUUUUUUCUGAGGUCUUGGCUGAUUUCUUUUGAUUUUCCCAUGAUGUCAAGCCAAGAGGCACUGAGUUUGAAGGUAGGCCUUGAAAUACAUCCACAGGUACACCUCCAAUUCACUCAAAUGAUGUAAAUUAGCCUAUCAGAAGCUUCUAAAGCCAUUACAUCAUUUUCUGGAAUUUUCCAAGCUGUUUAAAGGCACAGUCAACUUAGUGUAUGUAAACUUCUGACCCACUGAAAUUGUGAUACAGUGAAUUAUAAGUGAAAUGUCUGUAAACAAUUUUUGGAAAAAUGACUCGUCAUGCACAAUUUAUUUUACCUUUACAAGGUAGAUGUCCUAACCGACUUGCCAAAACCAUAGUUUUUUUAACAAGCAAUCUGUGGAGUGGUUGAAAAACUAGUCUUAAGUACUCCAACCUGAGUGUAUGUAAACUUCCGACUUCAACUGUAUCGUACUGCUGUAAUGUCAUGCGUAUGUUACAACAGUUUGGCCAUAUAUCAUACUGCUGCAAUGUAUUUUUGAAUGAUUCGACAAGUCAAUGGUACCCGAAAAAUGUAUUUAUACAAUAUUCAGUAUUUAUAUAAAGUUAUGACUCAAAACCCCGGGAAAAACAUGCACAUGGUCUUAUUCUCAUUAUAAAUGUCUUCAUUGUACAUAAUAUGAUUAACACAUCUGUAUUGUAUUUUCAAUACUGAACAUGAUCCAAUUGAUCCAUUUCAAGAUCUGUAUUACAGACCAUUGUGCUUAGACUUUGUUAUGUUGACGUUUCUCACUAUAAUUGACAUUGAAAAGUACUUGCUCCAGUUGAAACCUUCUAAGGAAAUGCUAAUAAAGAUUUGUUAAUAACUGA